CAAAGUCAGAAUUGCGUUGUUGCAAAACUCCGCGGAAAUCUUCGGCGAUACCGCGGACGUACUCCACCAAAAGUGGCCACGAAAGCAGCGUUGAGCAGAAGUAAAGAGUACUGACUGACGAGAAGACUAGGAAGCGAUCUGCUCUGUGGUUUAAUAAACAUUAAAAUCAUUUUGACAGCUGGAGAUAUCACAUUUUUGGAAGUUUGAUUAGUUAGUUUUUGUUGUUUCUCUCUCAAUAAACAUUGGACACUUGCAUUUACUGUGAAUUAAGAGAAAAAUAAUGUUGGUACUCGACGGUGGAUCCACUUCGAUUCUGCCAAAAUUGCCGAAUGAUAUUUUAAAAUCAAAAUUGUGGACUUCGGAAGCACUAGUAAGGUUUCCGGAUCAAGUGCGUGAACAACAUACAGAGUUUUUGGGACCAUGCAAUGUCAUAAGCACGUAUACGUACCAGCUGGACGAAUCGAUUUAUGAUGAAGCCGAAGAGAACGCGCCUUUGGAUGUUGUGUACUCUCGAGGAAUGGAACUGCCUUUGCAGGCUAAGCAGCAAAGUGCUCAAGCUAAUCGAUUUGUAGCAAUAUCUUUGGGAAGCUAUGCCGCCACAGUUCCUGGUGCAAUGGAAUACAAUAUGGUUUACGAUGAAGAGGACUUUGAUAAGCUGUACAACUUUCACAAACGUCGUCUUGAACGUAUGCAACGCUCUAACCCAAAGGCGUUUGCUAGUAUUGACUUCCUCGCUUUUGAAAGUUUGCCGCACGUGGUCGAAGCUAGCGCCGUUUUAAAGCUUAUUGACGAUAUGAAGGGAUAUGGAAAGCGGUGCUGGAUAACCUUCACCUGUCCGUCUGUAGAAGCCAUCGAUCGUGUGGAUGGAAUCCUUGAGUCUGUGAUGAAGGGUCCUCUUACUUACCUUUGGGGAACAGGCGUAAACUGCUGUCACAUUAGUCUUCUUCCUCAGAUUGCUAAUGUGCUUGAGAAACACAUCUCCCCGCACCCGACCCUUCAUGCUGUUUUGUAUCCUGACGGUCGAGGUCUUUGGAAUGCGCACCCGUACUCACCAAACGGCAUUGCUCCUACACCUCGUGAAUGGGCUCAGGCAGUUGCCCCUUACGUUCGCCUUAAUGACGGAAAGCUGUUGCUCGGCGGUUGCUGCGAAACAACUGUUGAGCACUUGCAGAUUCUUCGCGACCUCAUUACCUCUGAGACAGCAAAGUCUUCUCAGAAAUUGUAAACUUUAUCGUUUCACUAUUUAAUACGCAAGUCCUUUUAGCGCAAAACCAUGAACCUAAGCUCUAUUUACCAUUCAAAAAAUAAACCUGAUCUAACAUUCCAAAAGAAAACAAAAUAAU